GCCAUGACCAGUACCUUGCCAGUUCGUGUACCGGACGGUAAAGCCGGUGGUGAUGACGAGGUUGAGAGUGAGGACGAGAGCAGCUCGGAGGAGGAGGAGCCCGAGCUGCCCGGAGAGGCCCGCGCCACUUGGGGAAACCAGUGCGAACUGUUUCUCUCCUGCCUCGGACUGUCCAUGGGACUUGGAAGCUUCUGGAGAAUGCCGUCGCUCGUCAGGGCGAACGGUGGAGCCGCCUUCCUCGUCUCGUACGUGGUGGUGUCGCUGACCGUGGCCAAGCCGGUGUUCUUCAUGGAGCUCUUCCUGGGACAGUUCUCGAGCCUGGGCUCUGUCGGCGUCUGGCGAUGCGCGCCCAUCGGUAAAGGUAUCGGCGUGUGCAUGUGCUACGUGAGCGUGCUCAUCAGCGUGUACUUCGUGUGCUUCACGGCGCACGCCAUGCUGUUCGUGUGGAAUUCGCUGGGCGACCGGCUGCCGUGGGCCACGUGCGACGAGAAGUGGGGCGCCGACGCCGCCUGCUUCGUGCGCCAGCCCGGAAUGGUGCCUUGCAAGGACGUGACGCGGUGGCUGUACGACCACUACGCUCACGCCAACGUGACCAAGGGACGCGAAGUGGCGUACGGAGACAUGGUCUUCUACGUGCCCGAAGGCGUGUACACCAACAUGACCGGCGGAUGCCAGUACGGCACCGACACGGCCGCCGAGCAGUUCUACUUCCAUCGCAUCCUGGGCCUGAGCGAGGGCGUGGACGUUGCUGGCAACUUCCGCAUCGACACGCUCGCCUGCAUCGGCAUCUGCUGGGUCCUCCUCUACUUGAGCGCCUCCGGGAACAUACGGUUCUCCAGGAAGGUUGUGUGCAUGACGUCACUCGUGUCGUACGCACUGCUGUCGGUUCUCCUGUGCCGCGGACUCGUGCGGUUGCCCGGGGCCGAACUCGGCAUUCGCUACAUGCUCAAGCCGGAGUGGAGCAAGCUACUCAACAUCAAGGUGUGGUACGAGGCGGUACAGCACAGCCUCCUGAGCGGCGGAGUCUCCACCGGCGUCAUCAUCAACUUGGGCAGCUUCAACCACUUCUCCAGCGGAACCUACACGGUAGUUGCGGGCGUGGCCCUGGCCGAAGUGCUGCUAGGCCUGAUGAGCGGCGCCGUGGUCUUCUCGGUGUUGGGCAGCCAAUCAGAGCGCCUGGGCACGCCCAUCGAGGAACUCGCGCGCCACGGGUUGAGCCUCUUCUUCCUCUCCUUCACCGAGGCCGUGGCCGAGGUGGACUACGCAUGCGUGUGGAGCGCCGGCUUCUUCAGCGCCUUCGUAAUAAUCGCGCUCGAUUCCAACUGUCUCGUGGUGGAGUCGGUGCUGACGCCGCUCGGCGACGGGUUUACCUGCGUGCGCACCCGAAGACCACGGACGGCGUUCGCCUGUAGCCUAGUCGGGUUCUUCGCCUCCAUGCCGCUGGCGAUGCAGAACGGCAUCUACAUGGCUUUCCUUCUCGACACGUACGUGUGUGGCAUGCUGGUACCAAUGAUCGCAUUCGCCGAAAUCUGCGUCGUUGUCGUAUUUUACGGAGUGACGAGGCUGGGAUUAGACUUCGAGUUCGCGACGGGCCGUCGCCAGUGCUGCUACAUUAAUCUCUGCCUGCGCGUGUUCGCACCCUGCGUUCUCGGAUUCGCGAUGCUGUUCUCACUGUUCGGCCGGCAGCGGGACUUAUACUUCGAGAGCUACAGGUACCCGCUGGGCGCCAAGAUGAUGGGCUGGUGCGUCUCCGCCUUUGGGCUGCUGCAGAUACCGCUCUUCGCGUACGCCGAGCUCUACCAGGCGCACUUCGAAUUCGGUGCUGUUUGUCGGCCCAAGCUGAUAUGGGGACCCGACAACCCGGAACUUUUCGAGGGAUACCUGGCGUUCAUCGGAAAGCGCGGCGGCAUCAAACCUCCGAUGAUGUCGCCUCCUCUGACCGUCCUCACCAAGGCGAGCCCUCUUGGCAGCCCGACUAUUAGCACGGGGAAAACGGUUGUCGGUGCGGCUGCGUACCAGCGCAAACCGGUUAAAGCCGGCACCGUCCGAGUCGCACUGCCCGAGGACGCGGUGUCAGAAGGGGACGUGAUGAAGGAAACGCGCCCCUUCCGAGAGGCCGCCAUCCGUCGCAUGUCGGUGGCGACAGGCCACACUCCCAACGAGCUGAAGCGAAUGGAGGUGCUGCGUAAACUACGCAGGUUGAACGCGUCCGCCGGUUUGGCCACGGAAACCACGGAGUCGGAGCCGAAGGAACGCUCCGAGCUUCCGCCGGACGCUGCGGAACGAGAACAAUCGCUAACGACGGCAGCGCCGCUGAUCCGGCUGGAACCGGUUGCUCCUCCGGUGGCGCCGCCUAUAGGCGUCCCACCGCCAGCUCCGGAAACGCACGAAGUCAGCGCGACCGUGUCUCCGGGAGCGACGCACCUGGAAGGCGGUCGCGCCAAGCGUAAGGCCAAGGGUCACAUCACCAUCAGCGCACCGACGCCGCAGCCGGACGCCGAGGACAGACCCAAGAUGUCGGCGUACGCGCGCAGGAGGAGUACCAUCCACGGUCCGCCCGUGUUGGGCUACAGCGAUAUUCUGCGAAGACCUAGCAUCAAGGUGACGCUGCUCGAGCCCGUGUCCGAGUCCGAUCCCGACCUCGAGAAGCAAGCGGCCGAACAGGUCAGGAGGGUCGUCAAAGACUUUCGGAGAAAGUCCAUCGCCGUGAUGCGCAAGAUGCAGUCCAGGAUGUCCGUCAGCGGUCCAGGCGCCGACUCGCAGCCCGAAGGAGGACCUCAACCGCGCCGUUCCGUGAGCGGAGAGAACUUCCUUCUGGGUCGGCCUUCCAUCAGCGUUCCUCCGGACUUGUCGGACGCGCGACGGUCCAUGAGCAUUUCUUCCAGUCUAGCAGAUCCUCGGAGAUCCGUCAGCCUGGAAAGUGUCUCGUCGUACGAAGGUCUUCCUCGACGUCCCAGCGGAGUCGGACCUUCAGGCGGACUCCAUCCGGAGCUAUCCGCCUCGCGUCCCUCCGUGAUCGGUCCCGGACUUCCUCCGCGAAGACUGUUCUUCGCCUCUUCCAGGCCUUCCGUCGGCGGGCCGUACGAUCACCGCCGGGCCUCGACGCGGUCGUCGGUGAGCGGGGCGGCCAGCGGCGGCAGCCCUCCCGGGGGCCGCUCGGCUCGUUCGUCCGGCGAGUCGGGAGCUUUUUCCCCUGAAGAACUGGCUCGACUACGAGCGAUCGCCCGGGCGUCAACAUCGUCCGGCCAGGACGACGAGUGA